AUGGGUAAAUCUUAUGCUAUAGUUUGCGCAAGUAAUCAAAAUCGUAGUAUGGAAGCUCACCAUGUAUUAGUUAAAUGUGGAUUUCAGGUUGCAUCGUAUGGAACAGGUUCCGCAGUUAGACUUCCGGGACCUAGUAUCGAACGUCCAAAUAUUUAUCCUUUUGGAACUCCUUACGAUGACAUGUAUCAAGAUUUAUUAAUAAAAGAUCCUAAAUUAUAUAAACAAAAUGGAUUAUUAGAUAUGUUGGAUAGAAAUCGUAAAAUCAAAUUAGCACCCGAACAAUGGUCAAUUGAUGCGAAAGAUGAUUUUGAUGUUAUUAUAAGUUGCGAGGAAAGAUGUUUUGACGUUAUUUGUGAAGAUUUGACGGAUAGAGGAGAAACUCGAAAUAGACCAGUUCAUGUGAUUAACAUUGAUAUAAAAGAUAAUCACGAAGAUGCACUGUUGGGAGGUCGAGCUAUAUUACAACUCGUUCAAAUGAUUGAUAGUGAACGCAUUAAUGAUUUAGAAGAAGAGAUACAAAAUGUUUUACAGGAAUGGCAAGGAAAAUAUAAAUAUGAAAUUCUUCAUUGUAUAGCAUAUUUUUGA